UGAACACUUAACAGGAGAGAGAGAGAGAGAGAGAGAGAGAGAGAGAGAGAGAGAGAGAGAUGGAAGAAAGCGAAGAAGAGGAGGAGCUUUGGAACCGAGGGAAGAGGCUGAAAUUCGCUGGGAAUGACAGGAUGGUAGAAGACGAAGCGGAAGGGGAAAAAGAAGAUAGGCAGAAACUGAGAGAGCAUGGUGGUGGGUUUUUCUUAUACCCGAUGCUUGCCACGCCGUCUUCGAUCGUCGUCUCCGACGCCUUGGAUCCCGACCUACCCAUCAUCUACGUCAACACCGUCUUCGAAAUCUCCACCGGCUAUCGCGCUGACGAAAUCCUCGGCCGCAAUUGUCGGUUUUUACAAUAUAGAGAUCCCCGGGCUCAAAGACGGCAUCCUCUGGUAGAUCCUGUUGUUGUUUCUGAGAUCAGAAGAUGUAUUGAACAAGGUGUGGAGUUCCAAGGUGAGCUUCUCAACUUUAGGAAGGACGGUACCCCAUUAGUGAACAAGUUAAGACUUGCACCUAUACACAGUGAUGAUGGCACAGUUACACAUAUCAUUGGGAUUCAGAUGUUUUCUGAAGCAAAAAUAGAUCUAAAUACUGUGUCAUAUCCUGUUUACAAAGAAACAUGCUUGCUGCAAUCUGAUGAAGCUACCAAAUACUCGAUUGAUAGUGGGCAGUUGCAGCAUUGUCAGCACAAGGAAAUGUGUGGGAUUCUUCUGCUAUCUGAUGAAGUUCUAGCUCACAACAUCCUAUCACGCUUAACUCCAAGGGAUGUAGCAUCCAUUGGAUCUGUUUGCAGAAGGAUUCGGCAAUUAACCAAAAAUGAGCAUGUCAGGAAAAUGGUAUGCCAAAAUGCAUGGGGAAGAGAUGUCACAGGAGCCCUUGAACUCAUGACUAAAAAGUUAGGUUGGGGUCGUCUGGCUAGGGAGCUAACUACACUUGAAGCUGUUUGUUGGAAGAAACUUACAGUUAGAGGUGCAGUUGAGCCAUCACGCUGCAAUUUCAGUGCAUGUGCUGCAGGUAAUCGGCUUGUCUUGUUUGGAGGGGAAGGUGUCAAUAUGCAGCCAAUGGAUGACACAUUUGUUCUCAAUCUUGAUGCUGCCAAUCCAGAGUGGCGCAGGGUAAGUGUGAAAUCUUCUCCACCUGGACGCUGGGGCCAUACUCUUUCAUGCCUUAAUGGUUCUUGGUUGGUUGUCUUUGGUGGCUGUGGGAGGCAAGGGUUGCUCAACGAUGUCUUUGUUCUUGAUUUGGAUGCCAAACAACCAACAUGGAAAGAAGUCUCAGGAGGAACUCCCCCCCUUCCUAGGUCGUGGCACAGUUCUUGCACAAUAGAAGGCUCAAAAUUAGUUGUUUCAGGUGGAUGCACAGAUGCCGGAGUACUCCUUAGUGAUACGUAUCUGUUGGAUCUCACUACAGACAAACCAAAGUGGAGAGAGAUUCCAACGUCUUGGGCUCCUCCUUCAAGAUUGGGGCAUUCGCUCUCUGUCUAUGGAAGGACAAAGAUUCUAAUGUUUGGUGGGCUUGCCAAAAGUGGGCACUUGCGCUUAAGGUCUGGUGAGGCAUACAGCAUUGAUUUGGAGGAUGAAGAGCCACGUUGGAGGCAGCUCGAGUGUGGUGCGUUCACUGGGCUAGGAAGCCAGAAUGUGGUAGUGCCUCCGCCUAGACUUGAUCAUGUUGCUGUAACCAUGCCUUGUGGGCGGAUAAUAAUCUUUGGGGGUUCAAUUGCCGGGCUUCAUUCUCCAUCACAGCUGUUUUUGCUGGAUCCUUCCGAGGAGAAACCUUCAUGGAGGACUCUGAAUGUUCCUGGGCAACCUCCAAAAUUUGCGUGGGGGCAUAGCACGUGUGUAGUUGGUGGAACGAGGGUGUUGGUCCUUGGGGGUCAUACCGGGGAAGAAUGGAUUCUUAACGAACUGCAUGAACUCUGCUUAGCCAGCAGGCAAGACUGAUCCAUGAUCUGUUUGGUUGUAGUUGUUGCUGCACAUCUCAGAAGAAUUUUUCUGUGCAUAUCUCAAGGAGUCAUUACACGAUGCAAUGUCCUAUUUAUGGUAUGAGGAUUUGUAUUAUCACCGUAUUAUGUAUUUUUGGGGUGGUUUCUUUUAUGUAUGAAUGGUCUUUGCUUUGUACAUAAGCUUUUUUGCUUUUCUUACUCUUUGCACCCUACUCUGCUAUUCUUUUUUC